AUGCCUAAACCGACUACGUCUACAGCGACGACAACGCCUACGCCGACUACGUCUACAACAACGACGACGCCGACGGCGACUACGUCUACAACAACGACAACGCCGAAGCCGAAUACGUCCACAACGACGACAACACCGACGCCAACUACGUCUACAACGACAACGCCGACGCUGACUACGUCUACAACGACGACAACGCCUAGGCCGACUAUGUCUUCAACGACGACGACGCCGAAGCCGACUACGACAACGACGACGACUUCGAAAUCAACUACGUCUACAACGACGACGCCGACGCCGACUACGUCUACAACAACGCCUAAGCCGACGACAGCCCAACCAAACAAUAUUCUUCAACCACGCCUAAAACUCAACAACAGAUACCUACACCUAUAA